AUGGCAGGUCAAGUUCUCGUUGUUGCCCUCGUUUUCAUGGCGGUUGUUGUGGCGUUUGCGGGGGAUUCAGCGCCGUCGCCGUCCCCUAAAAGUUCAUCGCCAUCUAAAGGGGGGGCGUCUCCGCCUUCCAAGUCACCUUCUCCCUCUCCUCCUUCCUCCAAGAACUCCUCUGCAUCCUCCCCAUCUCCCUCCUCCGGCGGCGGCUCCAGCAAAAACAACAGCUCUAGUAGCAGCAGCAGCUCCCCUCCUUCGCCACCAUCACCAACGAAAUCCUCCGACGCACCCAAGUCAUCCUCCGGUGGAUCCUCAAGCAGCUCCAAAUCUCCUCCCGCUCCUGCCCCAUCCAGCUCCAGCAAAAGCCACGGAAGCUCCGCCCCAACCAGCAGCGACGAAGAGGAGUCCCCUUCUGAAUCCCCCAAUGCCUCCAAAUCCCCUCCCAUACCAGAAGCUGAGGUCCCUAAUAAAGAUAGCUCUCUAUCCGACGCUCCAGCCAGCGAUUUCGCACCAGAACCAGGUACUUCCGGUGCCGCUAUUGUCAAGGCCUCAGCCGUCGUUGGUGGUGUAGCCGCCGUCGCCGGAUGCUUCCUCUUUUAA